AUGCAGGAGAUCAACCAGGAUCCCCGCCUCUUACCCAACCUCACCCUGGGCUACACUAUCAAUGACAAUUUUUUCAAGGAAAAAGUCACCUCAGAUGCCUUGCUAGACCUGCUCUCAACUGGGGAGGCCAAUGUUCCAAACUAUAACUGUGGGAAGCAGAAAAAUAUACUGGCUGUCCUUGAAGGGGGUGAAGUUGACAUUUCCAUCCAGAUUUCAACCAUACUGAGCCACUACAAAAUCCCUCAGGUGGACAUUGAUAGGACUCAUUGCUCCGACCACCGAGAAUGGAGAGAGAUUCUCAAGAACAUUGACUCCUAUGCUGACAAAGAAGGGUGUGUGGAAAGUUGUCAACCUGGAUUGGCCAAGGGGGCUCAGGAAGGAGAACCCAUCUGCUGCUACCUCUGCCUUCCCUGUGCAGAAGGAACCAUCUCCACUCAGGAAGAUGCAGAAAAAUGCACCAAGUGUCCAGAAGAUCAGUAUCCAAAUCAGGAACAAACCCAAUGUAUCCUCAAGGUCAUCACUUUCCUGUCCUAUGAAGAAAAGUUGGGGAUCAUUCUGGUUUUCUUUAUCCUAUUCUUGUCCUUCACUACCUGUGUGGUAUUAGCCAUCUUCAUUAAACAUCUAGAAACUCCAAUAGUCAAGGCUAAUAACCGUGACCUAUCUUAUAUUCUCCUCCUCUCCCUCCUCCUUUCCUUCUUAACCUCCUUCCUCUUCAUUGGUCCUCCAAGGAAAGCAACUUGCCUUCUCCGACAAUCAGCCUUCAGCAUCAUCUUCUCUGUCGCUGUCUCUUGUGUCUUGGCCAAAACAAUCAUGGUGGUGCUGGCCUUCUUGGCUACAAAGCCAGGAAACAGAAUGAGGCGAUGGCUGGGGAAGAGCUUGGCCAACUCCAUCAUUCUUUCUUGUUCCAGUGUCCAAGCUGUCAUAUGUACUUUCUGGCUAUGGAAUUCUCCACCCUUCCCUGACUCUGAUAUGCACACCCAGCUUGGAGAGAUCAUCCUACAAUGUAAUGAAGGCUCUGAUGCCAUGUUUUAUGUUGCUCUUGGCUACAUGGGCUUCCUGGCUGUUGUCUGCUUUACGGUGGCUUUCCUGGCCAGGAAUCUGCCUGGGGCCUUCAAUGAAGCCAAGCUGAUCACCUUCAGCAUGCUGGUCUUUUGCAGCGUCUGGGUCUCCUUUGUGCCCACUUACCUGACCACCAAGGGGAAAUACAUGGUGGCUGUGCAGGUCUUCUCCAUCUUGGCCUCCAGUGCUGGCCUGCUGGGCUGCAUCUUCCUCCCCAAGUGCUACAUCAUUUUACUAAGACCAGAUCUGAAUACAAAGGAGCAGCUAAUCAUAAAAGUAAAAUAGAUAAAAAUGAUUCUUAUUCAUCCUUUUUUCAAGGAGAGACAUCUGACACCUCUUUGUAUCUCCCAAAUGAUACCUUUGGGCACCUCU